UGUGUGUGUGUGUGUGUGUGUGUGUGUGUGUGUGAUUAGGUGUCUGCUGUUCUAAUAAAGGAAAGCACUGCAUCCUUCACUGCCUCAUCAGAUGGCUUUGCUCUGCUGUGUUCGCCUGUCUGAUUUCUGUCCGUGUGUCUGUCAGGUCUGCAGUGGAGUUGGAUGGCUCGCAGCCUCUGGAUCAUCUGGAGAAGAGUGCGUUCAGGAAGGACGUCAUCUGUGUUUCUUGACUUUCUCUAUGUAACAAGUGUGUUUGAGAACGAGUUUAAAGGAGAGUGAGAAACUAGAAGAUGUUAGUGUUUAUUUAACCUGGUGUAAAGUGUGUGUGUGUGUGUGUGUGUGUGUGUGUGUGUGUGUGUGUGUUGUGUGUGUGUGUGUGUGUGUGUGUGUGUGUGUGUGUGUGUGUGUGUGUGUAUAUAUAUAUAUAAGAGCGAGACAGAGAGUGUGUGUGUGUGUGUGUGUGUGUGUGUGUGUGUGUAUAUGGUGUUGCCCACGGCAUUGGAAAUGCUGGGGUGUCCAGCAAGGUUAUUUUUGGAUCAGUGACAGCGUGUCAAUGGCUGCAGAUGCGUCGCAAAGGAAGGCUCUGAGAUACCAACAGACCCUGCUGUACGGCGAGUACAGGGAGCAGCUGGGAAGCUUUGCCCGACGGGAGGCUGCCCGUUUGCUGACAGAGAGACAAUGGAGAAGACAUGCAGGGGACAACACCACCUGCCGCAAAGGGCACGGUCGCCGGCAUCAUCAUCAUCACCCUGCGUUCCUGGAGUCUCAUCCCAGCCACGCCUCUUCCACCAAGAAGCCUCGUCCCUACUCCAAAUGCCAAGAUUGUUUCGCUCGUGUACGGCGGUACAUAGUGACCAAGAUGGGGGAUGACUGGAUAUUCCUGGUUCUACUGGGGCUGACUAUGGCUCUGGUCAGCUGGAGUAUGGACUACGCAAGCGCCAAGAGCCUGCAAGCCUAUAAGUGGAUGCAUGGGGAGCUUAAGGGCAAUGUGCCACUCCAGUACCUCGCCUGGGUUACCUAUCCCAUGAUCCUUGUCAUGUUUGCAUCACUCUUUUGUCACCUGGUUUCCCCACAGGCCAUCGGUUCUGGUAUUCCAGAGCUGAAAACCAUCUUAAGAGGUGUAGUACUGAAGGAGUAUCUGACCCUUAAAGCCUUUGUAGCUAAAGUCGUCGGGCUGACUGCUGGCCUGGGCAGUGGGAUGCCAGUGGGCAAAGAGGGUCCCUUCGUCCACAUUGCCAGUAUCUGUGCUGCAGUGCUGAGUCGAUUUAUGUCCAUCUUCUCUGGAGUCUAUGAGAACCCUUAUGGUUACACAGAUAUUCUGACUGUUGGCUGUGCCGUGGGGGUGGGAUGCUGUUUCGGCACACCACUUGGAGGGGUGUUGUUCAGUAUUGAGGUCACGUCUACCUACUUUGCGGUGAGGAAUUACUGGCGGGGAUAUUUUGCCGCCACAUUCAGCGCCUUCAUAUUCAGGGUGCUCUCUGUUUGGAACAAGGAUGCUGUCACAAUCACAGCUCUCUUCAAAACUAACUUCCGGAUGGAUUUCCCUUUCGACCUGCAGGAGCUGCCUGCAUUUGCAAUAAUAGGGAUCUCAUGUGGAUCUGGGGGCGUCUUCGUCUACCUGAACAGACAAGUGGUUCUCUUCAUGCGGAGACCGACAGCGCUCACACGCUUUUUAACCAAACAUCGACUGAUCUACCCCGGUGCAGUGACACUGAUCAUCGCCACAAUAACGUUUCCACCUGGAUUUGGACAGUUUAUGGCUGGAGAGCUAAUGCCCAGAGAGUGCAUCAACUCCCUGUUUGAUAAUUUCACCUGGACCAAAAUCUCAGGAUCUUCUGCUCCACCCGGCCUGGGACGCUCAUCUGCUUGGCUUCAUCCUCAUGUCAGCGUCUUUGUCAUCCUCCUCCUCUUCUGCGUCAUGAAGUUCUGGAUGUCAGCAGUUUCAACCACAAUGCCCAUCCCCUCGGGUGCCUUUAUGCCAGUGUUCAUAUUAGGAGCUGCUUUCGGCCGCCUCGUUGGGGAGAUCAUGGCCACUCUUUUCCCAAAUGGAAUCCUGUUUGAUGGGAUAGUCUACCGCAUCCUGCCCGGAGGUUACGCCGUCAUUGGUGCGGCAGCAAUGACGGGAGCGGUCACACACACGGUUUCCACGGCUGUAAUCUGCUUUGAGCUGACUGGUCAAAUCUCUCACAUCCUGCCCAUGAUGGUGGCGGUCAUCCUAGCAAACAUGGUGGCCCAGGGUCUGCAGCCCUCUCUCUACGACUCCAUCAUCCAGGUGAAGAAGCUGCCCUACCUGCCUGAGCUGGCCCUUGGACACAUCAGCAAGUAUAAUAUCUUUGUGGAGGACAUCAUGGUGCGCAAAGUGAAGUUCCUGUCUUCUCAAUCCACCUACCGAGAACUGAACCAUCUGCUAGAGACAACCAGUCUGAAAACCAUCCCCCUGGUCGACUCUAAAGAAUCCAUGAUUCUUCUGGGAUCCAUCGAGAGGACGGAGCUUCAAGCCAUUUUUGACUGGUGGCUCUCACCAGAUAGGCGAGUCUUUGAAAGAGGUGAGAGCUCACCCGGCCAGGGCUCUAAAGUCAGCUGGGAGUCCUUCACCUUUGUAGAUGAGGAGCACGGAGAGGAGAGCGCAGACAAGACUGCUCCAGUACAGGAAGAAUGUAACGGGCCCAUCCCAGCCCCCAAACCUUCGGAGCCCUCCACCAACCACACAGGCUCAGACAAGCGCAAUCUGCCAUCUGUCAGGGUGGCCCUUCAGAGACUCUUUUCCUCCACAUCCUUGUCGGUGACUGAAAUUCAGGAGACCACGCCCCCUACGCUGACGGACACCAUGUCCCCCGAGGAGAUCAAAGCCUGGGAAGAGGAAGAGCUGGAUAAACCAGUCGAUAUGGAGCAGAUACGAAUAGACCCAUCCCCGUUUCAGCUGGUGGAAAGGACUUCUCUGCACAAGACCCACACUCUGUUCUCUCUGCUGGGUCUCAGUCAUGCCUAUGUCACCAGUAUUGGAAAGCUGGUGGGUGUUGUGGCACUGAAAGAGUUACAGAAAGCUAUAGAGGGCUCAACUCGCAGCGGGGUGAGGCUUCGUCCCCCUCUAGCCAGCUUCAGAGAUGCCAGCAGGAAAACCAAGAAGCACCAACCUCCCUCAUCCACCCCUUCCUCCCCUACUCGGGACAGAGACCUGUGGGGGGAGGGGAGCAGGAGGGAGGAGGAACUGGUGAUGGAGUCCAAGGGAGCUCCCGGGUGUGACUCGGCUCCCUCCUCUCCCGGCGGCAUGAGGAGCACCAAUAGCAGCUCUGCCCCCACAAGAGGCGCUGACGGUGCUUCUCAGGAGCCGGCGUCCCCCUCUACUUCCUCCCCUACCUCACCCUCCCCUCAUGCCUUCCCUGGGUCACCCAACAGCCCUGUCCUCACAUUAUCCUCCCUGCAGGAGGAUGGGGAGAGUGAGGAGUCAGAUGAGCCCAUAUAGACUGGGUUUAAGAGAAAAAACUUUUAACCUUCUCUGAUUAUACUCCUUUUGCCCAGAGACAGAGCUACUGUCUGGGUGGAGGAGUCGGUCCUACCAGCAGUCCCCGCAGACAUUCAGCUCUCAGCGAGCAGGACAAGCUAGUGCACACAAAGCUCCUGAAACUUGUAGUACAGGAUUCCUUUUUCUACUCUUUAUGACAGUCUCCCUUUUUCACUCUCAAAAUCUCAGGUGCCUUCCUGUGUCUUUUGAACUGCCGAUGGACAGACAUGUUCCGUCCCACAUAUCACAAGUUCAAUAUCCAUAUCUCGGAAAUGUUGAAUGUAGCUGUACAUCAUAUAUCGGUGUCUUAAUUUCAUUAGGUACCUUUGAUGGAAAGAAGAAUUGAAAGCAAUGAGUUGUAUACUAAUGAAAUAAUAUAUUGAUGAAGACUUAAAGACAUUAACUUGAGCUAUAGAUCAAAGAGAUUAUACAUUUAAAGUUUAUUGAUUAAAGUCAAUUUUUAAAUUAUAACUUGCUGUAUCAAAUAUUUUCUGUAUGGUUAAUAUUCAAAUCAUUAUUACAAGUCUGUAAUUUAAAAUAAUUAAUAAAUAUUAAAAUUGUCUACUAGCUUAUUUUAGUUAUCUACAACAAUAAAAAUUACAAUUAGUAGAAAAGACUACGUUAACGAUUUGAGCUAAAUGCUAAAGGCAGCAUGCUAACAUGCUAGUAACUUGCAGGUUUAAAUAAAGUUUACGUUAUUAGCAUGCUAACCUUUGCUAAGUAGCACUAAACACAACAUCCAGCUGAGGCUGAUGGGAAUGUGAGUUUUGCAACUAGCUACAUUCAGACAGACCGAGAACACUGCCGCUUCAUUCAUUUGAACGGAGCCAGUCUGGCAAUGCAAUGAGCAGGCCCCAAAAACACAGGAUCUUUUCGCGAAAAAGUGAAACCUCACUCUUGUUUUUGAGAUAUUUACACAUUGGACUGUUGGAAAAAAUACUUAUCAGUGUUCCAGCAUUAGGCUUGAAAACAGAACAUCUCUGACCAUGUAAAGUGUUAUGCAGGUCAAGAGUGCAUUUCAGUCUCUGAUUUUUAUGCGAGUUUGAACAAAUUAGCAGCUAGUCCCUACAGAGGAGGCUUGUCUCUGAAAGAUUUUCAUUAGUAUUCUCCUGGCAUAAAAUCCCUGAUAAUAACUGGAAAGGAAUGUGUUUAGAAAGGCACGACAGGCUGGAUUGCAUUGCUGCCAGUUCCUUGGUGAUUGCUGUUUGUAUGACUAGCACCAACAAGCUGGCCAGAGACACCGGCUGUCGCAAAACAUGUGUUAGGCUCGAGAGAGAAAGUGGUGAACAUGUGAGAAUCUAAUUAUUUACACCCUGAAAAAGAUACCCACACAUAAGCACACAAAAUGCCAUUGUUUGUUGGUUUGUUUAUUUGCUCUUUCUCCACCAGUGGAAAAGAAGAGGAGACAGGUAGAGGAGCUCGAGAGGGUGUAAGAGGUUCUGUCGUGCAGGAAAAAGGAAGAAAAACAGGAAGAAACAGAGUUGUUGACAGAAGAGGAGAGAGAGGGGGGGACCACGCGGAAGAACCAUCAUGUGACAACCGUCCAACAAGCAUGCAUAGGUGUGAGUGUACACACUGGUAUCACAAGUCAAACUGCCUCAUUUUAGACAAAUAAAUCCAAUUCUAUACAGA